GACGACGCUAGUGUCUAUUAACCUGUGCAUGGUCCAGGAAUCUGAUGCGGGUGCACACUGCCGAUUUCAGGAUAAAAUACGAAAUCAGCUAUGACGUCUGUGGAUGAUGUGUCCGAUAUUCUCUCCGAGAUAAGAGAUCUUUUACCAACUAAGUUUAAUAUUAGCGAAAAAGUUGAGAUUGCCAAAGAAUAUUUCCAAAAGGAUGACGGAUCAUUAAAUCUAACAAGAUUAGAGGAAGUCUACACCAUUUUGAAAGACCUUUAUGGAUAUCUUCCCGAGUUCACAAGUGGCGAUCCCUCCAGGCUGUUACAGGGCUUGGUGGGGAUAGUGUCAUCUGUCUCCUCCUUCACAGGCGUGGGAGGGCAAGCUGUUCCCGUCAUCUGUGGUGUGUUUCGUAAAGUUUUCGCCUCUUUUGGGGGUAACAAAGUCACCAUAGGAGAGGUCGUCGAAGGUGAAAUCAGACGGGUAUUUUCUAUUCACAGCGACGAAACACUCCUGGAGGAGGGCGAGGACCUCCACCUCAUGUACCGGUUUGCUUUUGACUUCCUUAACCCAACAAGUGAGAGAAGUGAAUUUUCGAAGCAUGAUAUUACAAACAUGAAUAUUCAAAUGAAUGUUUUUCAAGGUGCCACUUUUCUUCGCAAGCUUGGAAAGUUGACCAGGGAGCUGGCAAAGGAACAUGAAGAAUCCGACCCUAACAAAAAGUCUGAGAAAGCCAACAAAGCUAGGCAAUUCAUCGAGUUAUACAUAAAGCUUGCAUUACUGAGUGACAUGGUUCUGUUGAACUUCUUUACAAUCACCAACUCCACAAGUCACAGCCAGCAUCUGGCCGGAGGAAUACAGCGGGUGAUCGGCUCCUUUGAUGAACAGGACAGAGAAGCUCUCGGUAUGCUUCUCAAACCCACGAAAGAAUACGUCUACAUUGCGUCAUACAUCAAUGAAGAGGAGUGCGAGCUUUUCAUGAAGUUUCUUGAGCAUAAAAAUCUCCUGUUGGAUCAGAGUUGGUUGCAACACGGACAGUUUGAACUUUGUUCAGUUAAAUGGCCAAAGUGCCACGCUUUACGCCUGAGGGCUCACACAUCGGUCUUUGGAAACGGCGAUCUGAGGUUUUUACGCGGUACUAAGGAAGCGGCUGGACCGGAAUCCUUGUUUUGCUUUAAACAAAUCCAUCCGAACAGAAGUUAUUUUUCUAUUACUCAGAUGGGGAAUGCUGAUGAGUUUGUAAGCAUGACGAAGGGCUCAAACAGAUGGGUGAUGUCUCUAAAAGGUGUUCAAAAUCCCGAGAACGAAUGGAAGAUCAUCCAGAUGGAGAACGGAAACUAUGUGUUUUCUCCGCGUGCUUUUCCUGAUUAUUUCAUGGGUAUGACCAAACUGUUGGAUGGAAGUAUUGCCGGAUUCCUCGGAGGUUAUAAUGAACAGGUUCAGUGGACACUUAAAGUCUCAGAAUGAGUCCCUAUCUUUCUAAACUCCGAUUUCACUAAAACGUUACUACGUAUGUGACAAAUCGUAUAUUUGGAGUGUUAGUGCAUUUUUUCAAUAUUGCAAUAAACAAGUAUUCAAACUAUUCAAAAAUAUAAACAAAACUUGACGAGAUUUUAAAAGUGCACCUGCAUAAAAUCACAACUUAGAUGUAAUAUAUUAUUUUUUUAGUGUGAAAUAGAAAUGUGAUUUGAUGGUGUUAUGACCAAGGUAACGGGCUACUUUACACAGAACAUGGAAUAUUAGAACAAAGCAUGCUGUGUUAACUAUGGUUUAUAUUGCACAGCUGUCACUCAGAAAAUAGGAAACAAAUAUCCGGAUUAGGAACACCCUGAAAUCACCUGUUUAGGUAAUAGGAGAUUAACAAAAUUCAUCUAUGGAAACUUGUUUAACUGUUAGCAUAUCUGUUUGAAAGAUAUCUCAAAUUGGAGAAAAAUUUAAUGUGACGAUCUAUCUUUAAAGAGAAAUGAACAGUGACAAAGUAUGGCACUAAAAUCUUUUAAUGAUAAAGCAUUUCAUUUUCAAAAUAUAGAACAAACAUAUCUCAUGAGUAUUACGUACAGUUUUUUUUGUUACACUAUAACCACGAUUAUAUAGAUAUUGACACAGCGAUAUCAGAUGUCCGUCGUGUAAGCGACUUGACCAAGGAUCCCGCUUGACUAAUGUAUUUAACAAUUUUGCUACAGUGUUUUCGCCUCUACUUUGUUGUGGGUUUCAUAAUGAAUGUUCACAGUGACUGUUUUCCAGAAUGUGUAGCCUUACAUCACAUAGACCAGCGGUUACAUCUAUUUACCUGUAUUUAGGUGUAUUAGUAUUAUGAGUUAAGUUGUUUUGCGAUAAGUUGACACUUUUAUCUGCCUCCUAAUCGAUUAAGGAUUGUAACAUUGUAGUACUGGAUAAAGGGGAAUGCUAUGACGUUGCUUUUAUACCAAAAGAGUUUAUUUGUAUUUCGUUAUAUCAAACAUUGAUCGUGUAAAUAUAUAUGGC